AUGCCCCGGGAGGAGUCCAGUGACAAUAACUGCACUACGGUCCCCAUCGAUGUUGGUUUGGGCAUGGAGAACAGCGCGGUAGGAGAGGGAACAGUGAAGGGUGGCGUCAUCAGCAAAAGAAUGGAUCAGGUUGAAAGUUUCAACAAGCUGGUUCUAGCAUAUAUGUCGAUACAUAGCGAUUAUUCUCUCUCACAAGCCCCUCUCAUGCCUUCCGGACUUUCGCUGUACACACACCAAGUUGCUGGUCAUGGCAAGAAGUCCAAGGUUUCCUGUGCAAUGCUCUAUUGUCCUGAACGACGAUUGGUCUUUAAAUGCUUGCCUGAUGGUGCGCGCGGUUCCAGAGAAAUACAGUUCUACGAGAGUGUGAACUCCAAAACUGCUCCAGAACCUUUGCUUCUGUUGCGUCCCUAUUUGCCCACGUAUCAUGGUGUGUUUCGGUCCGUUGAUGGAAAAUCUGCCUAUCUGGCCUUAUCUGAUUUGUUGACCACCUUCAAACGACCAAAUGUUUGCGAUGUGAAAUUGGGCACGGUCAGCUUUCGUGUGCAUGAGAGCAUGGAAAAGAAAGUGUUCGAAGACUCAAAGUACAAAUGGCAACGAAGCACCGGGUUCAUUUUGACCGGUGUUCAGAUUUAUGACACAAUUGUGGAUCAAUACACGCGCUUACCCAAAAUGCUUUUACGUCGUCUUACCCCACAGGCCGUACGAAACGUCGUACUAGUCACAUUCCUCGGUGACGAUCCACAACGGAGUCGUGAACUGGCUGCACUCUAUUCGGAAAAGCUGACAGGUUUGUGGCACUGGUUUACCACUGUUGGGUCACAGUGUGUGACAUUCUGUCGCAGUUCGGUUCUGUUGGCCCACGAUACAGAUCGUGGAGACUCGUCGAACCCCGAAACGGUUGUAGUCGCGCUGAUCGAUUUUUCCGAUUGGAACCUGUCCGCUUGUGAGGCGGCACAGUCAGACCCGGAUGUAGUCGAUGGAUUUGCCCACGGUCUUUCCACACUGGCCGAGAUGUUCAAACAGAUUAGCACCGAAAACGUGAUUUGA